UGUCCAAAACAAACAAACAAAUCCUAUACUUCGUAGAUCCGAAACUGUCAUUGGGGUUCUAUCGUUUACUACAGUGGAGCUGGGGAGACGAUGAUGGGUUGUUGCAGCAAUGUCAGCUCCAUCUUCAGUAGAACGCCACAUUUCACGCCGCUUCCCACAAGACCUGCUCGAUUUGGCUUUUCUUCUAGCAUUAUCGUCUCCGAUAAGCUAACAUUUCCGACCCAGAAAUGCAGACGGCCAUCCGGUCUUCGCUGUAACUCUCAGCUAACAACAGACCUUGCACCUCUCACGUCUGCAGCUUAUGGAACUCUAUUGCUUGGCGGCGGCCUCUUUGCAUAUGCAAGAUCUGGAAGUAAGGGUUCACUUAUAGGUGGAUUAACUGGCGGCACACUUAUGGGUACAGCUUACUUCCUCAUGCAAGCAUCUGAGACCCAAGAAUUAGGGGACGCCUUAGCAUUUGGAUCAGCACUCCUCUUUUCCUCUGUAUUUGCUAUACGUCUGGUUGCUUCCCGUAAACUAGUCCCUGCAGCUCCAUUGCUUGGUGUUUCCGUUGGAGCGCUGGCAGUGUUUGUUCUAGCCUAUGUGCGCAAUAAGAUCUGAUCCAUUGUAGUGUGAAGAAGCGGCAUGCAUUUAAAGUUGAAGUUCUAACUCGGCAGCAAGAAUUCUCAGACUGAUUUAGCAAGAAGUUGAUGUAACUGGUAAAGAGAAUUCUGAUUUCUGUAGUAAUGUCAGUGUUAUACUUGACACUUAGACAGCAUUUACAUAAUGAAUAAAGAUAUAGUUUGACUUCAUACUUAUAUAGUUACAUAGUACGUAUAUACUCACUCCGUCCCUAAAUAAUCAUCCCACUUUCCUUUUCGGUCUGUUU